CAUGCGCAGUACGGCCACACAAGCACCGCCGGUGGGCAGCCCUCUUGUCGCUUUCCGGCAGCGCGGCUGUAAGGUGCGACGUUUUCACGACGGCGCGUGUGGCGGGGCGACUUCGCUUCACGGCGGGAGGCGCUGGCCUGGUCCGUGAGGCGGCGGCUGAGCAGAACCGGGCAGCAUGAGGCAGAAGAGGAAAGGAGACCUCAGCCAUGCUGAGCUGAUGGUGAUGACGAUAGCUGACAUCAUAAAGCAAUUAAUUGAGGCCCAUGAGCAGGGAAAAGAUGUGAAUCUGAACAAACUGAAAACCAAGACGUCGGCGAAGUACGGACUUGCGGCACAGCCGCGGUUGGUCGACAUCAUCGCUGCGGUUCCCCCGCAGUACCGCAAGGCUCUGGUGCCGAAGCUGAAGGCCAAGCCCAUCAGAACUGCUAGCGGGAUCGCUGUGGUGGCCGUGAUGUGUAAACCACACAGGUGUCCGCACAUUAACUUUACAGGCAACAUUUGUGUAUACUGCCCAGGUGGACCUGAUUCCGAUUUUGAAUAUUCGACACAGUCUUACACGGGAUAUGAGCCAACGUCUAUGAGGGCCAUUCGGGCUAGAUACGACCCUUAUCUGCAAACAAGACACAGAGUGGAACAGCUGAAGCAGUUGGGCCACAGUGUGGAUAAAGUCGAGUUUAUUGUGAUGGGUGGAACGUUCAUGGCCCUGCCUGAAGACUACAGAGAUUAUUUCAUCAGAAACCUUCAUGAUGCCUUGUCAGGUCACACUUCCAAUAACGUAGCAGAGGCCGUCAGGUAUUCAGAACGCAGCCUGACAAAAUGUGUCGGGAUAACCAUAGAGACCAGACCAGAUUACUGCCUGAAGCGACAUUUGAGCGACAUGUUGUCCUACGGCUGCACGAGGCUGGAAAUCGGGGUGCAGAGCGUGUACGAGGACGUGGCCAGGGACACCAACAGAGGUCACACCGUGAAGGCCGUGUGCGAGUCGUUUCACUUAGCCAAGGAUGCCGGGUUCAAAGUGGUGGCGCACAUGAUGCCUGAUCUCCCAAACAUGGGCCUGGAAAGGGACAUGGACCAGUUCGUUGAGUUUUUUGAGAAUCCCGCCUUUCGCCCGGACGGCAUGAAGCUCUAUCCGACGCUGGUGAUCCGCGGCACGGGUCUGUACGAGCUCUGGAAGACGGGAAGAUACAAGAGCUACCCCCCCAGCACUCUCGUGGAUCUGGUGGCCAGAAUCCUGGCCCUUGUCCCCCCGUGGACACGCGUGUACCGUGUUCAGAGAGAUAUCCCGAUGCCGCUGGUCAGCUCAGGAGUGGAGCACGGGAACCUGCGCGAACUCGCCCUGGCCAGGAUGAAAGAUCUGGGGACGCAGUGUCGUGAUGUAAGAACAAGAGAGGUUGGAAUUCAAGAAAUUCACCAUAAAGUGAGACCAUAUCAGAUUGAAUUAGUCCGAAGAGAUUAUGUGGCUAAUGGUGGCUGGGAGACCUUCCUGUCCUACGAAGACCCGGAGCAGGACAUUCUCGUUGGGCUCCUGCGCCUGCGGAAAUGUUCCGAGGAGUCGUUCAGAGCGGAGCUGAAAGGAGGAGUUUCCAUCGUCCGCGAACUCCACGUGUACGGGAGCGUCGUCCCCGUGAGCAGCCGGGACCCUUCCAAAUUCCAGCACCAGGGAUUUGGUAUGUUACUAAUGGAGGAAGCAGAAAGAAUAGCCAAGGAGGAGCACGGGUCAUGGAAAAUUGCUGUAAUUUCAGGUGUUGGCACAAGGAACUACUACAGGAAGAUCGGCUACGAGCUGGAAGGGCCUUACAUGGUGAAAAAGCUGGAGUGAUGCCCCAAGAGCUCCUCACCCCACCAGCUGCUGCUGGGAGAGGAGAAGAGACAAGACUCAUCCUGGAAAGAAAGCUCAAGGUGACAAACUUAGGCAUAAAACCAAAAUCUGCCAGUUUUGAAGGACUUGCUUAAGCCAGAGCCACCAGCAGCAAAUGCGGUGUCUCCUCUGGGGAGAGCGGUUCUCCAGGUUUGCGUGAGCCUGGUCUGCAGGACACUCUGGUGCAUCGCAGCAGUGCAUAGGUGAACUGAAAACGUUGUUUCUGUCGUGCUGUCAGCGAGCUUUUGGCGUUGAAAUUGUGUGGGUUGUUCUGCAACAUGAAUUAAUUCUCUCUGUGUA